AUGCCCUGGGAGACCUUGGGUGCACCGAGUGCCAUUUUCGAUCUCCCGGGAAACAAGGAAUGUGCGGACUGCAAAGCUUACGGUCCGAACUGGGCAUCAUGGAACCUGGGAAUCCUGGUUUGCACAACCUGCUCCGGAGUGCAUCGCCACCUCGGAGUUCACAUAUCGAAGGUCAAAUCUGCGACCAUGGACAAAUGGAAGGAAGAUCAGGCCGUCGCGUGCCUCACCAUCGGCAACGAGCGCUCCAACGCCUACUACGAGUACAAUGUCCCGGCCGGUGCCAAAUACCUCUGCAAGUCGCAAGUCGCCGCAGGCGACAAGAUCGAUCCGGUGGAGGCCCGGAAGAUGGAACGCUGGAUCCGUGCGAAGUACGAGACCAAGAAGUAUGCGCAACCGGGUGUCGAUCCGCCACACGUCCGUUUGGCUCGAGGUGAGUCGUUGACCGGCGGCGCUGAGGCCCAGGCGAAGCAGGAGAAGACUGAAGAGGUGGACGCAUCUCCUCUGAGCGAGAAGAGCGACCAGGAUAGAAAGGAUAAAAAAGAGAAGAAGGAGAAGAAGGACAGCAGGAAGGAAGCCAAGGAAGGGAAGAAGGACAAGAAGGACAAGAAGAAGAACGCAGAG